CUGACAAAUAAGAAGGGGAAUUGCAAGAUUGACACAUUCAACUCAUUAUUUACUUUAGUAAAUGUAAUUAUUACUUAAACAUUUUAUUUAGACCUUAUUCUUAUUUUUACAUUUUCUUAUGGGGUUGGGGUGACUUGCGAGUUGCGUAAAAGUCAAAUUAUACUGUGGUGAUGGUGAAUAAUGAAUAAUUAUAAAUUAAUAACUUAAAAUUAAACGUGAAUCGUGAGUAGCCUACUUACUACUGAAAAUGACGAUUGUGGAUUCCGUUUGAGGUUUGACUUGAGCUUGUCUUCAGUGUCAAUCAAUCAUCAUAAUCCAGCAAUGCAAUAUAUUCAUCUCAUUCAUUCAUUUAACAAUUAUUAAUACAAUAGGGAUAUACAAUGCAAUAUAAAUAUGAUAUUUAGGGAUUUUAGGGAUUCUUCUCUUCUCUACUUAGCCUUUUUUUUUACCACGUCUGGGGCAUAUAAUAGUAGGCCGUACUCAAGAAUUUUCCAUUCAACACGGCCACGGUCCUGUGCUUUCCUUUCCAUUGAGUUGCUUCCAGGUGUAGGCCUAUCCGAUAUUUGGCAUGUCUGCCUCUAGCUCGCGUCUCCAUGUAUUCUUUGGCCUUCCUCUCUUUUUCCCUGUGGAUUCCAUGUUAGGGAUUGUCUGGUGAUGUUAUAUGGGGGUUUUCGGAGAGUAUGCUCUAUCCACCUCCAUCUUCUCUUUAUGAAUUUAUGAUGUCUUCAUCUUGACAACAUAAAAGCGACUCCUUGCGUGUUGCGGAGCAUUUUCUUCCUCAUGCCCAGAGUACAUUAGCAUUUCUCCAGAGGCCAAAGUUAUCUGUUCAGCUUUUAUCCAUCUUGUUUCACAGAUGGCAAGCAGUGUAAGUUCUCAUUUCUGCCGCCCCCUGUGCUGCUUUCCCUAUUUCAUACAUGGUUCUGAUGUUCCACAUGCCUAUGUCAUUUUUUUGUUUGUUUCCUUAGAAAACUUGAAGAAGAAGAGCCCUCUAUUCUCAGGGUUGAAAUUUGUUGGUUUUUUCUUGUUGAAAUUUCUGUAGGAAUUGGUUUUUAUGGGUGAGGUAGCUGACCUCCUCCUUUCGUAACCAGACUUGGGACCCACCUUGGUGGAGUUAUUUAGGGAUUACCCAUAUUAUAAUAUAAAAAAAUGACUAAUUACAAUAUAAUAUAAAUUAAAUUAAAUUAAAUAAGGGCAAGUGAUUCCCAUUUUGGCACCCCUCAGAACGGUGGAAAUUAUGAAGAUUUUCAUGUGUAAAAAUGAUAAAUUAGGCUUUCUUUAAUUAUUAAUAUUUAUUAGUAUCUGAGAUAUCAAAUGUAUUUAUGUUACAGAGAGGAGAGAGGGCAACGCUAGAGAGGAAACUUUAAAAUUCACAGAAAAAGAAUUCUUAGCAAAACAGCAAGGUGGUAGUCCUAUUCAGUAGCUUACAAUGGAUUUUGGAUCUAAGUAUGUACUGGCUAAUGAUGAUGAGGAGGAGGUGUCAUCUGAAGGUAACUUUGUCACCUUUUUUUCUCCAACAAUCUCUGUGUUAGACAUAAUAAUAAUAAGGUAUGUCAAUCUUAUUUGGAUACCAAAUAUGGAUUUCUUCUUCUUCUAUAUAUAUUAAGUGCCCAUAGCUCCUAUGCAUGUAGAGGGGAUUUGCAAUGUUUCUGUGCCUGGUGUUGAUGAGGAUAUUUCACUAGUUGCAAGGGCUACUUUGUGAGGGUAUCAUGCACUGAGGUUUGGAAGGCCUGAGGCAAUAGAUGCAAAUGUGUCAAGUGUUGUCGCCUCAACUGUUUGUUUUGAAAGCUUUUUCCAGUCCCUGAUUGUCUUUGGCAGGAAUGAGCAGCUUCUAUACUGGCUUGUCGCUGGUAUGAGCGGGAACUGCCUGUCAUUUUGAAAAAUGCAUAAAUUUUCAUAAAUUUUCAUAAAAUUUUCAUAAAUUUUCAUAAAUUUUACUUCUAAUUUUGUAAACAACUCAAAAUGCCUCUAGUUUUUAAGGUGAAUUUGUAAUGUUAAAUGUUGUAAUCAAAGUUAAGAUUUUCAGUAAUAGCUACUUAUAAACUAGUUUUCAAACAAAUUCACCCCCCACCCCCCCCCCAAAAAAAAUAAAAAAAAAAAAAAAAAAUAUUAAAAAAAAUAAAUAAAUUAUGCAGCAUUUACUCAAUUUAAAAAGAACGAUAUUAAUAAAUUAAUGUAGUUUUAUGUGGAUUUUUUUUUAGGUCAGCAAUUAUGAAGGUGUAUCAAAUUUAAAAAUGGGAAUAGUUUCUUGGUUGAAUUGAUUAUUAUUGUUAUCUACAUUUUAUUGCAUAUAAAUUACAAUGAAAUGUGCCCCCUCAAUAGUGAUUGUAGACUUCUAAUUCGAAGUUUUAAAAAAAAUUCAUGUUUUUCUUGUGUUUAAAAAUUUAAUUUGUCUCAAGUUUCAAUGUUUAAAUAAGCAAUUUAAAAGUAAGAACUUAAAAUUUAAAGGUAUACCUAUGCAUAUUAAAUUCCUGAAAAUUUUAGUUUCUAAAAAGCAAAAAAGAAAAAUGUUUGGUAUUCAUUUGGAUAAUGUUAUUUAAAUGCUGUGGAUUGAUGUCUUUUUUCCAACCAGCAGAGCUUUUUAAAAUUUAUUGUUUUGACAAUUUUUCUUGAUAAACUUUUCAGAUGAAGACCUGCCAAUGGAAGAUUUUUCAGGAUUUGAGUGUGAAAUUAUGGAAUUUGGGGAGGAUGAUGAUCAAGAGCAACAGACCAACAUAGGGGUGAACUUCAUUUUUACAAUUAUUAGUAUAAAAUGGUAGUUAAAUUUAUUUCAUGAAUAAUAUUAAUAUUUCUCUGUACAUAAGUAUUUGAUGACAUAAAUUUAUUCUGCAUCCAUAAAAGACAAAUUAUACAUCUAAAAAAUUCCCAGGACAUUCACAUCUGGUUUCUAUAAAAUAAGCACUAAAACAGUGUGGCGAGCGAGAUAUAAAAAACAGUGACUGCCUAUAGUUGAGACUAAUUUCCACUAUCCAUGAUAUAGUUUUUAGAUUAAGGGAAAAAUAAAUUGAAAAAAAAAUUAAAAUAAUUUUAACUAUUGAAACUCUUAAAUAUAUUAUCCUUAAAAUUCUAAAAAUGUUUUUAUCAUUUUUUUUAUUCCAGACUGGUAAAGCAAAGAAACCAAGCACAAAUGUAGUCAAACUUGACCUUUGCAAGUUGAAAGAAGAUCCAGAUCUCAGGUUGUCACUAGGUGACUCAGCCCAUUGCAGUAAUCCAAAGUGUGGAGCGUUUUUUUCAUUUAUUGACACAAUAUACGACAAGGUAAUUUAAUAAUAUAAUAAUAAUAAUAAGACGUUUUAUAUAGCGCGGUACCCCAGCCUAGGGCUGGGCUCACCGCACUGUACAUAAAAAUUUUAUCAAAAGAGACAUAAUCAUGACAUUAAAAUAAAAUACAUUUAUGAAAUUUCUAUUUAUUAGAAGAUAAGAUAAGAUUCUUUUAUUGAUCCAAACAAAUGGAAAUGUUUUUGAUUGCAUCAUACAUUUUCAGCACAUAAAUAGAACAAUUUGAACACAAAUCUAAUUUAUUUCACUAGUGAAAAAAAACAGCCAUUCAGUUAAUUCUCUUAGCCAUAUCAGGGACAUUUCAAUUUGUGAUUUCUGGGGUAGCACACUGGUAAAUUUGUACAGAUUGGGGAACAAAAGAAAAGCUAAGUUGUAUGUGUUACGUAGUAUUGCAUUUCAGUUUAUUUAUACCCUGUACACAAACUGUAGGAAUUUGAAAGCCCCCACUAACUUAGAUUGGAUAUAAUAGGAUGUGAAACAACUAUUUUACAAUGCAAGAUAUUUGGGAAACAAUCUUUGUUGUUUUUAUUUUUUACACAAUAUUGCUCAUUUUUAUUAUAGUUGUGUCAAUAAUAAACAAGUUUAAUACUUGAAUUUGAGUGGAGAGUAAAGCCAUGCAGCUUUUAAGGUGUCCAAAACUGUAAUAUUUUAAAUCUGAUGGAAAUAAUAUAAAUAAUAUAACAAUUUGCAGUUAUUAACAAUAGUAUACUAUUGGUUAGUCUGUAUCGCUAUGUAACAAUUUUACUAUUUUUUUUAUAAACAAUAUUAUUAUUAUAAUAUAGAAAACCCAUCAAAUGAAUUGGUAGGCAGCAGUGGCAUAGUGAGACAUUGUGCCGCCCUGGGUGGACUUUCAAUUUGCGUCUUCUUUAUUAUUGUUAUCGUACUACAUGUUUAAUCCAUUUAUUCCAAGAGCCUUAUGGGCCCCAGCCCAAGCGUAUGACAAUCACCAUCUGUUGACAAUGAAUAGACAGCUAUGUGUCCCUAAGUGACUGUACCCAGUGCCUCAAAGGCCUUUAAAAAGGCCUUAAUCCGAUAAUGCUUCAUUACAAGGAAAAAUUAAGGUGCAAACACAUGAUAAUGUUCCAAGCUAUAAUCACAGUGGUGAAUUUACUAUAAGACCAAAUGAAACCAUGUCAUAAUCUCAGUGGUGGAUUUACUAUAAGACCAAAUGAAACCAUGUCAUAAUCUCAGUGGUGGAUUUACUAUAAGACCAAAUGAAACCAUGUCAUAAUCUCAGUGGUGGAUUUACUAUAAGACCAAACAAAACCAUUUCUUUUUUGUAACAGAUCCUAAUUAUUGGCAUAAAAGUCCAGCAUUUAAAUUAUAAUUAAAAUACUAUAGAGAUUUAUUUAACUUAGACAAAUAAUAGACUGUUACAGAGAUGUUAAGUUAAGGCCUAAGAAUAAAAUCCUAGUAGCUGCUUUUUCAAAAUUGUAUACCUUUUUUUUUAAAACAUAGAAUUGGACUUGCAAGUUCUGUGGACAAGUAACUGUUCCAAAAGAAGUACCUAAAACUUUAACUGAUCCAGAAGAAAAAAAAGAUGUCAGUUAUGAGCACACUGUAGAGGUCAAUGGAAAGGAUAAGCCUUUAUCCACUGAUGAUCACAAGAUAAUUUUUGUCAUUGAUACUUCUGGAAGUAUGGGCAGGAAAGAAAAGGUACUAAAUGUCUUACUGCCUUAAAAUGUGUUGAAAAGUGUUAAAAAUAAAUUUUAUUUUAAAACAUUAUUAUUUUAUAAUUUAUUUUAUACUUCAGACUUUAAUGAUUUAUUGUUAUAAAAGUAACCUGUGAUCUCUGAUUUGAAAUAGUUAAAUCUCUAAAUUGGUUACAAAUUUUAUAUCCAACUAAUUCAAGGCGCAAUGUAAAAUCUUCCUCGGCAUCUCACCAAUGGGGUGAUAUUUAUAUAAGGAAUAUUUAUUAUCCACCAUCAGCUUGAAAUGUAAUUAAUUCAAUAUUUAAACACUUAAUUUUGUGCUUUUAAAAUGGUCACACAUCAUGAUAAUUAUUUAGGCUAGCAAAUGGAUCUUUUUGUUUGGAAAUGUGAGUGAUCAUGUUAAAGAUCUUUUGAUAUUUCUUUAAAUUAUUCUAAAGAAUUAAGUCAUUAAUAUUUUGCUUGAUUGCCUAGUAUCGUUUACAUGAAAAUGGCAUUGUCUUGAACUUUUGGAGAUAGGAUACCAUAAAAAUUAUGCAAAAAAAAUUUUGAAAUUAGAACAUUCAAGUUUAAAAAAAAAAGAACAGUGACACCAUGCUACUGUUCCAAUCAUGAGAGAGAGUUUUUUAGAGUUGGGAAGGCAAAGGGUAAAGAGGCAAAGACCCACGUUAUGAAAAUGAUUUACAGCACUGUGUCACAUAUCCGUAUUUGAUUGCUUUCUUUCUUCAUAUUCUUUUACAUGUUCAAAGCAUCGAAUUUAGAUCUUACUGAACGCAACUCCUCUUCCAUUAGCAAUGUAAACUUUAACCAUAAAUAUAUCUAUCAGGCUCUACAUUUUAUCAAACACAUAUGGCGCAGCUUGCUAUAAGAAGGAGAAAUAAUGCACAACUAUUCACUACAAUGAUAAGACACAAUAUUCGUGCACAAAAGAUACUAGGGAAUUCCCAUACAUGGCACAUUGCCCAGACCAUGAUGCAAGCUGCUGAUUUGCUAAAUAUAAUACGAUGGAUUUUAUUUUGUUGAAAGCCAAAUUUUAUUCACUAAAAGAUAUGUUAAAUUCCAAAAAAAUAUACAGAUGUUUAAAGCUGAUUAUUUAUUUGAAUCAUAUUCUUAUCAGCUUUCUGAGGAUAACUUUAAAAAACUUACAAAAACCUUACAAGACCUAACUGUGCAAGAUCAAGGCCAGACACCAGUCCCAAAAGAUGAUGAGACUUACAAAGAAAUUUCAUGGCUUCAGUAUGUACAAGCAGCCAUCAUUGAUCAGAUUGCAGAGUUGAAAGAUAAGAAAGAAAGCCGACAGAUUGGUCUUGUGCUGUUCAGUGACUUGGUAGGUUCAGUAGGCUUAAUUCCUCUUCCUUGGGUCUCAGUUCAAACUCAGUAAUCUCAUUGCUAUUUCUAUUCUGUAGUUAUUUUGAAGGAUACAUUAAUUAUCAAACAAAGUGUUGGUAAUCACAUAAAAUGACUUGUAGGACAGUCCAUCCGGCUGAAGGAGCAGACAUUUUUUCCUCUUAAUCUUUUUUAGCAAGAUAGCUGAAACUUAAAUUGUACCAACAGAUGUCACCAUAGACAGGGUCAGCUAUUAAUUUAUUAGCAAAUAUAGUGUCAGCCACUUGGGUAUUCUAUUUCUUGUGAGUAAACUAAAUCUGUCUUGCCAGUCAUUGGUGGAUUAAAUAAAAGCUUUUGUUCUGGGGAUUAAAGUUGUGUAUGGAAUGACAUUUAAGUUAAAUAUUGCGUAAAAGGAUUACAACUCAAGUUUGAAAGCCGAUUUAAAGAAUUAAUUUGAUUAAAUUUAUACAGUAAAGUAGAAGUGCAUCGAGAAAACUCAAAAGUGACAACUGCUAAUUCAAUGAUAAAUGUUAAUAUAAUCACUUCAUAAGUUACAAUUUUCUGGAAUCAAAGCAAUAAAUAAACUUAAUCUAUAUUUAUAUAGAUGAUUCUUAUAUUUUAGUUUCAUUGCAGCUACAUCAAUAUGCUAUUCAAUUAUAAUUUGCUACUGUUACCGGUACUCAUACUCAAAAUUUCAAAUUCAUCUAACAUGCAAAAAAAACAAACUCAAAAAACAAACUAACGGAAAGGGCUAGCAUUUAGAUUCCCAAUUACACCAAGAUUAUCUUUCUGUCACUUAUGGAAGAAAAUUUUAGCUUUUUUUAUUUGCCUUAUUUUAGCCAUGUGAUAGUGGUAGAGAGGCAGAAUUAUAAGUAGUUUAAAAUUUAGUUUGUAGCAUUUACUAUUGUUCCGGAUGUAACUGCUCAUGGAGUUGUCAGAGGUGAAGUCAGUGUUUAUUGAGCGUUUGGCUCUGAUUAAGCGACCUGGCUUCUGUGGGGCGAGAUACGUGUUAGCUGGGAUUUUCGGCACUAGCCAUGUGACCACUUUUUAUAGGAAUGUUAGGUGGAGCUUUUUUCGUCUGUCUUUGAGGGAGGGGGGAUGUCAAAUCUUUUUAAGAGGUCGGUGACGAAGCCAGGAGUGUUGGAUUUGUAGUCACUUGCCAUGAAGCGCACUGCUUUACGUUGUAUUUGCUCCAUCUUGUCCAUGUCUUGUUUUAGGUAUGGGUUCCAGAUGAUCGCACCAUAUUCUAAUAGUGGACGGACGAGUACGAGAUAGACAUUUCGUUUGCAGGAUGUUGGCAGUAGUGCAGAUUUCUUCGAAUGAAACCAAAUGUGGAGUUGGUUUUUUUUUAAAAUUUAGUUUAUAUUAAAUAGUGAAACAAGAUAUGGUUUAUAUAUAUAUUACAGGAAAAGUACAUCUUUCUAAUUUGUUAUGCAAAUUUUAAUGUGCUUUCAAAUAAAUUCAUUCCUGUGGAUGAAAAGUAUUGACCCUCCAUGACUAUAUUUAUUGUCAAGACCAUUAAUGUUGGUUUGUACUGAUUCUGUAAAUAAUUAAAGAAUAUUUGUUGAUCAAACCAUAUCAUGAAUUUCUUAUCAGCUAGAAAGAAACUCUGAUCUGAUAUUGUUUUCUAUGGCCGUUGGAAGAGGGAUCUACCCCUAGACGACCUUUUGCCACAAUAUUUGUAUUUUCUUUUCCAUCGGUGAACAGCCUAAAUGUAUUUUGUUAAAUGAAGUCUGUUUUGCGCAUCUCAUGGUUCAUAAUUAUUUACACAUGGCUAAUUAUUCUUAAACUCACUUACAUGGCCCCAUACUCUCACCAUCCACUGCUACUUCUCAUAUCCUCUCAUAUUCAGAAAUGUGGGUUUUCAUAUUUGCAAAGUUUUUUAUAUUUGUUCUUUUUUUUUUUACAUUUUGCAUUUCCCCUCAUUAAUGUUUCUUCCCUGAUUCUGAGUAUUUAUUUAAGAUAAUGUAAGGAAUUUUAAUAUCACACAAUUCUAUUAUGUUAAAUGAAAAAUAUUUCAUUGUUCGAUUGAGUUUAUAUCUUAUAGCACAUUUUUUAAUGUGUUUUUUCAUUUAGGUAAUCAUUUUUGAUGGUCAACAAAUGAAACAACUUACAGAGGCUGACAUGGAAAAUGAAAGGAAAAUGAUUGAUGUUGGAGAAUCCUAUUCAAGCUUACAUCCAAUUUCAAACACAGCCAACACAAUUAUAGAAAUUUUAAAGAAGUAGGCAACAUAACGCACUAACAUUUUGAAUACAUGAUUAUACAGUUAUGGUCAUUUAGGUCUUAAAGACUGAUGUAAAAUUGGAUGCAUAUUAUUGUAAUGCAAGAUGUCACCAUGAAACAAAAAUUUAUUGAUUGCAGUGAUUACUAUGAACUUUUCCAUUGCUAAUAUUAUUAUCUUACUCUUAAUUAUUUCAGGAGAUAUGUUUUAUUCAUAUAAAUUCUCUUUAAGUAGUAUUUACUAAACUUUUUAAUUACAAUAUAUGACAUAAGACCUCUAAUAAAUUAAAUGAGUAGCCUUCAACAUGGUGAAUGUGUACGUUUUGUGGUUUUGAAAUGUGUUUUUCUUAUUUCAAAAUAGUUUUUAUUAUGAACUCUGAAAAUUCUGAAGAUAAAGUUUCUUUUGACAAUGAUUCAUUCAUGUUCAGAUGUAAUAAGCCAAAGUGUCCUCAUUUUAUAGCCAUUUUAAUUGUUUCUAUAGUAUAGUAGUUACUAUCCUAGUGUCUCAUUUUAUUUUACUUAGUUUACAUGUUUUUAAUAAUUGUAAAGCGCUUAGAGCUUUAAGGUAAGCGCUAUAUAAAAAUGCCUAAAUAAAUAAAUAAUAAGCAAAUUAACACUGAAUACAAAGCUCACUUCACGGAGCAACAUUGGCUUUAAUCCAUGUUAUUCAUAUCAACUGGUGUAACUAUGAGUGUAACAUAGUGUAUCUCGCUAGAGGAAAAAAAUCACAACCUUCCAACUCAAAGACCAAAUAUCACAAAACAUAUAAUUCAGUCAUGAACAUGUCAUAUGGCAAUAAUGCACAUCCAAUAAUGAAUCUAACACUUGAGAUGCACAGCACACACUAAAACACAACUCAGGAUGUGCAACAACUACAUAUCAAUAUCCAUACUUGUUACAAAAUCUCUAAAGCAGUCUGUCUCAACUUAUCAAGCAUUAUUAGUCUUUUUUUUUUUUAAAGCCAAGGAGCUCAAAGUGAAUGUGUUUUAGCUCUAUUGGGUUACUUUAAAGACAGGACAAAAUUCAUGCUUGGAAAUUUUCAAAUCAUAUUCAAGAGACUUAAUAUUUACCAUGGUUUUUAACUGGGACCGUAUAGUUAUUCUCUUUAAUAUAAUGAAUGAUAAGUCAUAUGCAAUUUUAUGGUUUAUCAUGGAAGAAUGAUGGGGAAACUUUGAAGAUGAAAGACAUAAUUGUAAUAGGUUUUCUUAAACUAAAUAGUAACCUCUAAAUAAAGAAGUUGUGAUCAAAAGUGUAAUAAUAUGUUCUUAUAUGGACUAUUGGAUUGAAUCAUGCAUCUAUUAUACUCUUAAUUCAGCCAAUAAUCUUAGUUGUUAAUAUUUUUAGUGAGAAACUUCUACAUGCUAUUGGAAUAAAAUAAUAAGUUUGCUAUUUAUUAUCUCUAGAUUGAAAGAUGGCGGCCGCACAGCACUGGGCCCUGCUCUCUUGGUGGCUUUAGGAAUGACCAAAAAUUCUAGAGGAUCCAAAAUUAUUGUCUGCACUGAUGGUGCUGCAAAUGUUGGUGUGGGAAAUUUGGAAGAACCAAGUGAUGAUGAUAAGAAAUUUUAUGCUAAACUGACAAAUAAAGUGAAAGUUGCAGAGUAAGUCAUUAAUAAGCCUCAAUGAGAAUUGUUUAGAAUGAUCAUAGUUUGUUCGUAUUAUUAUUAUCACUAUUAAUAAUAUUAUCAUUAUUAUAUAUCAUAGGAGAUAUAUUGUUUAAACAGUUAAAGCUAACAGCAAUUAAUGGUUGUUCUAUAAACUUUUCUGAAUUGUUUUAAAAAAAGGUGUGCUAUAAAUUUAGAAACCAUGAAAAACAAAAUUCACGUUAAUUUAGUUUAAAGAGAAGUUAAUGCUAUCUUUCAUAUUUAAAAAAAUCAAUAUGCUCCCUUAAAAGUAAUUAUGCAAACCUCCAUGAUCCCCUUAUUUUAGUGAGAUUACUUAAGGAUGAGGUGUAGAUUGAAACAAAUCAUUUAUAAAAUGUAAAAAGUAAAUUUUACUCAUGAUAUCAUGUUGCUGCAAAAAUUUAGAAAAUACGGAAACAAAUUAAAGAAAGAGAGAGAAUAUCUUCCAUCUUGUAAUGCAAUCAUCAGGGGUUUGACAUUUCAUCACUUGGCAUUUUGUAGCUAUUUUUGUAUGAUUUUGGGAUAAUUUUGAUGGAUGAUAAGGACAUAGGAAAGAGGUUACAUCAUCACAAAUUAUACAAAAUAUUUGUAAAAUGUAUAUAUUUAGAGAAAGAUUAAGAUGGUGGAUAUCAAUGUAUUAAAAAAUUAAUUUUAAACCUAAUUUCAGAGCAUCAGUUUCAAUCAUUUCUUUUAAUGAGUGUCAAUUAAACAUUUUGGAGCAAUUGCCAAGAGGAACAGGAGGGUCUGUAAGUUAUUUUUUUUUUUGCUUCUGUAUGACAUAGCCAUUACAUUUUUAAGUGCAUGGUAACCAACUGUUAGAUUAUUUCACAUAGCACAUGCACAUUAAAUGAUGUAUUCAGAUAUAUUAAAUAUGUAUUGAAACAUGGCUGCAAAGCUUAAAUCUCUUUAAAAUGUGCAUGCAUACAAAGGUUGAAUUUAGUUUUAAAACAUACUUAUUUCAUGACUGCUAAAGCAAUAUUGUUAAAAUAUUCCUUAAAAUUCAGGUGGGCAAUCUUUUUUGUGCAGAGGGUCGCAUGGAAAUUAAUUUACUUUGACAUGGUACAGGAUAAUUUUCUAGGAAUCCAGAGUUCAAGACCAUACAUUUAAUAAAUUUGUAAAAAAUAAAAAAAAUAAUUAUAGUGAGACAAUAACUAACCAAAAACUAGUUCACUAUUUAAUAUUGCAGAUAGUAAGAGCCUGUUAGUAUUCAUUUGCUGAAAUUGAGAGAGGAAACAUAUUUAGUGCGAUUCUUUUAACUAGUUUCCCAUAAUUUACCAUUUAAGUACUUUUUGAAAUGUGCAGUAAAUAAUCCAACUUAAAUCUGUGGACCUGUAGAAAGUUUGCUCACAGAUGUAAGCUGAGCCAUAUAAUACCAAAAAAUUUCAUUGUAAUCUAUGUACUAUUGACUUUUUAAAAGCUUAUCAUUUUAAAUUUGCUGUGAUUAUUGUUAUUGCUUAGCAAUGUAACAUUCAGUAAAUUGAUUUUCAAAGGCUUUAACAGAAGAACAUUCACAAUCAUUUAGCUAAAAUACCAAAUUGAAUCCAAUGGUUGCAUGAAAAUCUCAUUAACACUUGAAAUUAAAAGUAGGUGUAUCAACAGUAAAAUUAUUUUUUGUUAAACAGUGAACAUGCUGCAUAUGUAUCAAUUGUUAAUGUUGUAGACUUAAUUUAUUGUAAAAAAAAUUAAUUGGAGCAAUCGUAUUUUUUCAGGUGGAAAUAGUAAAGCCGGAGGAUUUCACAAACAGUUUAAAAAAGGAUUUGGCAAGAGAAAUACUUGCAACUCGCGUGAUUGUUACAUUUGUGGUGCAUAAAGACUUGUGAGUAGCAAUUACACAUUUUUGAUACUUGAAAUACAUUCUCCUCAAUUCUGAUAACUUGCUAUUAGUUUCAAUUGUUAUUUCAGCUGUUUUACUGUAUAGUAAAUAUCAUCAGUACUUGAAAAGCAGUUUCCAGCAACAUAUAUAAUACGAAGAAAAAGAGUUAAAUAAAAUAGAUUUGUCUAUUAAUUUUUUCCCUUCAUAUGCUCUCCCAUGAUCAUAUCAUUCCCUAUGCCUACUUGUCAAUCACUCUUGAUAUUUAUUUCAGUUAAUUCUUCUAGACCUUAUUCAUGUAAUAUUUAAGUGUGAACUAUAGAUAGAACUUUUGGCUGUCUCAGCAGUUUAUUGGAGUAUGUCUCCACUCAUAUUAUUUAAUAUAUUUUACACUAACACAUGGAGGAAUGUUACAGCUAGAGAACAGUUUCAUACAACCUCAGCUCCUUCCCUGAUGCCGCACUAUUCAAUAGCCCAUAUAUUUUUUUUCCUCCUUUUUUCUCCCACUCACCCAAUCCCCUCUACUGUCUUAAACCUGGUUUUUACCUGCGUCUUAAGGACCACAACUAACAUAAGCACCACAUUUUAAAAUUUGAUUAAUCCAGUCUUGAUCAUCACAUCUAACAGCUUGAAUUGUUCCUACCUUCUUGUUAUUACUAUUCUUGUUAAUGGAUCUGUUUUUAAUGGGCUUUAAUGAACAUUUGAUUUCCGAAUGUGUAUGUAAAACUUAGAAAUACUCAAUCGUGACCUUUCAUUCAAUUUACUGACAUAUAUUUUUCUUUAAGCUUAGAACUUAGAAUAAUUUGCUGGUGUUUUUUCUUUGGGGGGGGGGGGGAUUGUUUGCAUGUUCCAAGGUUGGAUUAAGUGAUAGUAAUAUUAGAAAAUGAAAUAUGUUCUAAUUUUAAAAUAAAUAGAUUUUAAAUUGCUCAUGACAUGUAGCUGAAAAACUUGGAUUAAGAUAGAAUGAAAAGAAAUGUUAAAAUAAAAAUUUGGGGUGGGGGGGGGAAAUCUAAUUCCUCUAACAGUGAAUUGACCGUGCAGCAACACUUUAUUGCUGUACAUGUCGGCUGGGUGGCAGAGCGGUCUAAACUGAGUCAAUUCCAAGCUAGUGGAUGUGAGUUCAAUACCCAGCAAAAGCAUAGACAAGCAAAAACAUCACCAGCACCCCGUUGACCUUGGAUGGCAACCCAUCUAAGAGAAGGCAAAAUCUGAACUCAAACCCGGAGGUUGAGUUCCGUAGGUGGUAUGACAUUGACACAAGGAAAAUUUUGACUAUUCCUGCAUUGUAGAAUGCAUAAAGAGCACAGGGAAACACACACUCACACUGCUGGUUAUCUACUGCUUCCUGGUCUAUUUCCAGUCAUCUUGAAUAAGUCUUUCAUUGGAUCAAACAGGCAAGGAUGAGAGAGUGAGGCUGACAAAUUGAGCAGCUCUACUCCCUUUAAAACAAAUACAGCUCAAGUCAAGGGUACAAUUCAAUUCUAAAAUUGCCUUGGUCAUCCUUGCGUAUGAAGGAGGAACAACAUAUAAUAUCUAGAGGUAGUGCGAGGGGACAGAUUUUUUUCUCUAUAUUGAAUUAUGGCAUUUUUGGUCAACUGCAGUUUUUUCAUGGGAGUGGGGGUGGCAAAUAUCUUUACCAAUGUCUACCAUCUCUCACUUCCUACCCCUUGCUCCUUCAUCAAUUUCCCCCUGCCUUUCUCCCCCAUUCAUCCUUUCUUAUGCCCUCACCACUAUCCUGAUACAUUCCCUUACCUCCCCCAUAUCAUCUCACCCGCCCCUCAACAAUUUCCUUUCCAUCACUUCAAACCAAUCUCUUAACUCUCCUCACCCUACUUCAAGAGCUAUUUAUUUUGUAAAAUGCAAUAAUUUGAUGUACAUUGGUAUAUUUUUUUAGCUACUGUCCUGUAAAAGAUACCAGCCAAAAAGACAGAAAAAGUGUAGAGGUACUAUCCAUUGGUAACAUCUAUGAUGAGCCUCACCAGAUAAGCUUCAAAUUUACUUUUGGGCCAGCACAGCAACCGCAACCUCAGCAACCACAACCUCAACAACCACCACCCAGUAAUACUUGCUGCUCUCAAAAUGCACCAAAGCCAGGCCAUGGAGAAUUGGGAACACCAAUGGGUAAUCUAUUUUUUUUGCAUUGAUUUGAGAUUUUUGUAUUUUGAAAGUCUUUUUCUGCACUAUGUUUAUAACCCUAAUCAUAUACAACAACAUUAUAAAGUGUGCUGUGUGCUAAGAUAUUUUAAGAAUUAUUUUGUAACUAUGGUAACCCUCCCACCUCCAUAACAUGAUAAUUGGGGUCUACUAAAUCCUGGCAUAUUUCCAGUUGUCUUGACUAUGUCUUUCCAUUGGAUUAAAUCAUUUAAUAAAUACAAGCAUGAACGUUACAAAACUUACCUCUGAACAAAUGAAGUAAAAGGGAUCACAUUUAUGCAGGGUUGGGAGUUUUAAAAAUUAUCAAAAUAGGUUAAUUUAAUAAAACAAAUGGAUGUUUGCAUCUAUUGUUGUUAGUAAGCUAUGUGUUAUUGAAGUGGGACUAGUUUUAAGGGGAUUUGUGAUUGUGUUGUAUGAAAAUAUAUACCUUUUUAAUACUGUUUUUUCUGGUACUUCAAAACAAAAAAUCACGCUGGAAUGAAUCACUAAAAUGAGUAUAUGAAAUUUCGGUGUCAUUGCCAAGGCAGGGUUAUCUCCAAUUUCACAUUAUAGCGGGGUUUCACUGCAUCACAAAAAUAAAAAAUAUUAGUGCUUUUUUCUUUAGUGUGUUAUUGUUGUUCAGUAUUCGCUUGUGAAGAUGACCAAGGCAAAUUUCAACUUGAGUAGUAGCUUUGACUUGUGCUGUAUUUUGUUUAAAAUGAUGGAGAGUUGCUAAAGUCAUCCACCUCACUCUCUCAUUCUUGCCUGUUUGAUCCAACAACUCCAAGACCACAGGCUAUCCAGCAACCCCAUGUCUUUUAACUGAUCAUUUAUCUCCUUUUUUAAUUGUGUUCCAUAAUUACAACUAGCAUGGUUAGUUAUCCAAAAGUUAAUAUAAUAAUGUUGUAAAUAAAAUCUUUUGGGCCCUUAAGAAAUUGUGGCUACCGUAUUCAGGCUUGAUCGAUAAGCAAAAUAGUAUAACCUUGGUUUUAUUUAAUUGCUAUUAAUGUUUCAAAUAUUUUUUCCAAGCAUUUGACAAUAAUGCUGUUAAUAAGAAUGCAACAACUGUCAGUGACACCAUGCCAGAAGGUGACAAGAAACCAUUCCAAAUACAAAUAAUGUUUAAGGACAAGAAGGGUGAGUACAGUAAGAGAGUGAGUACAAGGGUGAAUACAAUGUGAGGGUGAGUACAAUAUUAGGGAAGAAAGGGUGAGUUCAAUGUGAGGUGGAGUACAAUGUGAGGGUAACGACAAUGUGAGGGUGAGUGUACAUUUUGAGGGAAGAAUGGUUGAGUAUAAUGUGAGGGAAGAAAGGGUGUGCAUAAUGUAAGGGUGAGUACAGUGUGAUGGUGAGUACAAUGGGAGGGAAGAAAGGGUGAGUACAAGUUAAGUUACACAAAUAUUUUCUUCAAUUACUGAUGUGAGUGAAGACUUGUGUUUUUCAAGCAACAUGUUCCAUCAUUAGCACUUUCAAUUAUAUUUGUAAACUUUUGUGUUCAUUAUUUUUUGGUAAACACUGAAAGGUGUAACAAAAUUAUUAAUGUCUUGUCUGUUGUAAAAUUUUGUGCAGAUUUAGGGAAGAUCAUUAAAACAAUUUGAAGAGUCAAGUAUUUUGUAAAUAUCUCAAAUCAUUUAAUAAAUACAAGCAUGAACCUUUUAAAACUUACUUCUGGGCAAUUGAAAUUAAAUAACUAACAUGUAAGUCUAUAAUAUCCAUUAAUGGAUUAAAAAUCACUCAUGAAAACACACUUUGUUCUUAUAUAUUCUUAAAGUUAUAAGUAUCAUAUCUUUUCGGCAGGUACAUCUUAUUCAAGGGUGUGGACCCAUUUACAAGAAGUGACCACAAGUCAUAAAGAAGCCGAAGAAAGUAGGUUGAACAAAGUUGCAAUCUAGUUAUAGAUAAAGAAAAUUGUUCUAUACCAUACAUUAAAAUACAUCAAAAUUAUUUUGUUUCCGGUGGUUUGAAAAUAUUUUAUUCCAUUUUAUUUAAUAUUAUAGAGAUAAAAUUUUUAAUCUGUUAAGGGGAUACCUUAAGAUGAUUUAUUCAAUAAAAAAUUGAAUAUUAAGUCAAUAAAACAUUAUUUUUUUUCAGACAAAAAUCAAGCUACCACUUUGACCUCCUUUUUGCAAGAUUCGGCCUGUAUAAUACUAAAAUCUUUUAAAGAAUCAAGUCUUACAGCAGUGAUUUAUAAAGCACAGAAUAUUUUAAACACAGCAUACAAGGAGAAGGACAAGUAAGUAUAUUUGCUUUAAAAAUUGUUUUUAAGAAAUGUAUAUUAAAAAUACUAAAUUUAUUUACAGAUAUCCACAUUUUAUAUAUUUCUUUUAACAUUUACAGCGUCAAAGAAGAUGACAAUGUUGUUAAAAAAUUGCUGCUAUUCAUAGAAUGUUUGGAAGAGGUGAGCUUUUUACUUAAUUGAUAAAUAUUUUAGGCGAAAAAAUUCUUUGAGAGCUGAGAUAAAAAGACAAAUUUUGCAAUUUAUACACUUUCUUUAUUUGUUGUUACAUAACCCUAAUGUCAGUAGUUGGUAUAUCAGUAGUUGAUACCUACGUCAGUCAGGGCCGUCUUAAUAACAUAGGAGGCCUUGGGCACAGCAAUGCACUGGGGACCUCGAGCAACACAACAUACAUAGGCGGUGAGAGUGCGAAAGGGGGCACUCGCCCGAUACUCAGUUUGGGGGGGGGGGGAACAGUUCCUGCUUCCCACCAACUCACCAAGAGGAAUAAAAAUGUAAAAGAAAAAUAAACAUUCAAUAAAGUUAAACUUUGAUGAAUUCAAUUUAUUGAUAUAAAAAACCAAAAUCAUUCAAAAUAUAUAAUAGUUUUAAAGCAUUAUCAGAGAUAAACUCUAAAUAAUCACAGAGAAUGAUAAAUUAUCAUUAUUGACAGAUAGGUAGAAUAAAUUUAAUUAUGUAAUAUAAAUCAACAUAAUCCUUUGUGUAAUUUUUUGCGGAGCAUUGUUUUAUUAUUGGUUUAAAGUCAGUGGUCAUAAUGAUGUCAUUUUUCAUACACAUAACUGAAAGCCAGUUCAAACGUUUUUGUCCCAUUGUACUUUACGAAGCUAAUUCUUACCUUAGUUUUUUUUCGAUUCAUAUCUUGGAAGAGUAAACCUUGUUGAUGAGAGUUAUUCCCCUUUAAAUGUUUUAAAUUUGUCCAACUUUGAUUCGCAUUUAUAUUUAUAUGAAUUUUGGAAUGUGCUGAUAUAUGUCGUGGGUUAAAAUAGGGAAUUUUAAAUCCAAUUAAAUUGUCGAAUUCUUUCAAUAUUCAUUAAAAUAUGUAAAACAUGAUGCUUCUAUAAUAGUUAGUCUCCUAGAAACGUGGGGCCCCCUACAAGUGUGGGGCCCUGGGCUAGCCCCCACUGGGCCCAUGCCUUAAGACGGCACUGAAGUCAGUAAUUGGUAUAUCAGUAAUUGAAGUUGGUACGUCAGUAGUCGGUGUGAAAUUUACAAAUUAGUGUCUCAAAUUAUUUCCCAAAGGGAUACAAUUAGAGAUGUUUUCUUUCUUUUAUUAAUGUAAAUAUUUACUGGUUAAAAUAUGCAUGUCUUUCUUUAAAAAUAUAAUCAGAUAAGAUUGUUUCUUCUAUGUUUGCAGUUGGUUGGUGGUGGUGUUGCUACUGAUGCUAUCUCAGCAAUUCUUUCAGAGCUGACAAAAGCCUGAUGCUCUCAAUGGAGUAAAAUACUUUCACAACAAAGUAAAACAGUUGAACAAUUUUAAAACAGUACCUUUUUUUUUAUCUCAAUAUGUGAAUUAUAUUAUAUGCAUUUGUUUAAUGUACUACUUGUUAAGAUUUUAUACGCUAAAUUACAGCACAGAUGUUGCUAAAAUGAAUGUUUAUACAUUGGACUAACUAAAUUAGAGGAGACAACAUAAAGUUUAAAAAGAAAAAAAUGAAAAAAUAAAAAAUGUUGCCAUUCUUACAAUGCAUACUUUAAUUGAAAUAGAAACUUGACAGUUGUUGUUUUUUUGUCAGAAUAAUAAAAAGAAAUUUCUAGAGCUAUUUAAUAGAUCCAUUGUUGUUUUUUUAUUUGCAUAUGAUGAGUUAGUUUUGAUUGUUGCAAGAUCUAGACCUCGCUUUAUUCAGUCACCCAACUUAUAUUUUAGAGAUAUAAUCUAUGACGACUAUAAAUAGCAGUUUGAUUUUAUGAUUAAAGAAAUAAUAUUCUAGAUUAAGAUAUAAUAUGCUUUUGUUGUUGUUUUUUUUUUUAAAUAUCUCAGAUGCCUCUAUACUUAUCCAGAGGACAAAGAAUAGUUAAUUUCAUGUUUGGAAAAUUUUACUUGAAAUAAUGAUUUCCAAUAUGCUUUUCAAUUAAUGUUUUUUAAUUUUAUUGUAAGCCCUGCUAUGAUGUAAUUAAAUGAUGACCUUUUUAUUGUGCUCUUUUAAAAUAUAUAAUUUUCUAACAAACAGAAAUAAUGUGUAUAGUAAUUAUCAUUUGUCUUACAUCUGCUUAGUGUAAAUAUAUAAUUCAUCGAUUCCUCUGACAAUUUCCUAACAAGUCAGGGUCACAUUAAAGAGUCAAAUUUUGAAAAUAGUUCUGAGCUAUUUUGAAAAAUAUAAAAAUAAAUAUAAAUAUUUAUAGAGUUAUUUAUAAGUAUAAAAGCAGUCAUUUUUUCUUUUAAAUUUGAUUUCUAAGAUUACCUAUUAUAAUUAAUUCAGCCAAUGAUGGCAACUCUAACUGGGAGACCAACAUACUUUUUUUUUGAGUGUGUGUAUCAGUGUAUUCAAUAUUAGUAAUCCUUUUAAUGUACAUUAUAAUAAUAUGCUUGAAUUUUUUAAUGUGAAUAACAAAUUACAAUGUAAUAAGAUAAGAUAAGAUAAGAUUCUUUCAUUGAUCCAAAUAAAUGGAAAUGUUUUUUUGAUUGCAUUAUACAUUUUCAGCACAAAAAUAAAACAAUUUAAACACAAGACAAUUUAUAAUAUAUUAUUUGAAACAGCCAUUCAGUGAGUUCUCUUAGCAAAAUCGGGGACUUAUUAGUUCUCAUGGAGAUGUGUGACUUCAGAGGGAGCACGCCGGUAAAUUCGUACAGAUUGGGGAAAAAAAGUAUUUUUAUAUCGGUCAGUCCUCGCCCUGAUGGAAAGAAUUCGUCCCGAACGGCCCGAUCCUAAGUAUCUAGGAUGAAGAGGGUGGGAUGUAUCCUCCAAAAUGUGUUUAGUUUUGCAAAAACAUCUUUCUUCAAAUAGUUCUUCAAGUGAAGGAUGUUUAGUUUGUGUUAUGUUUCUAGCUUUCUUGAUUAGUCGGUUUAUGCGGUGUUUAAUAUCAGACGUUGAAUUCCCACACCAGCAGGCAGUACUGAAAUUAAGCAGGCUUCCAAUAGUUGCACUGUAGAAUAAGUUAACGACUUGGUUGUUUGCGCCAAAAUUGUACAGUUUUUUGAGGUAGUCUUUGGUUGAAUUUCUUAUACAGGAUUUGGCCGUGCUCAUGCCAUGUUAGCUUAUUAUUAAUGGUGACACCUAAGUACUUGUACGCCUCCACUUUCUCCACAUUUUGAUUUUUUAUGGUGAGAUCUGUACCAUGGUGUUUCCGCCUCCUGAAAUCAACAACCAUUUCUUUUGUUUUUGAGACAUUCAACUGGAGAAAAUUUUCAUCGCACCAAUUGAUAAAGCUUGUCACUAAGUUACGGUAUAGGCCUUCUCCUUCAGAUACUAAGCCAACAAUCGUGGUGUCAUCAGGUAUAGGCCUUCUCCUUCAGAUAUUAAGCCAACAAUCGUGGUGUCAUCAGGUAUAGGCCUUCUCCUUCAGAUAUUAAGCCAACAAUCGUGGUAUCAUCAGGUAUAGGCCUUCUCCUUCAGAUAUUAAGCCAACAAUCGUGGUAUCAUCAGGUAUAGGCCUUCUCCUUCAGAUAUUAAGCCAACAAUCGUGGUAUCAUCAGGUAUAGGCCUUCUCCUUCAGAUAUUAAGCCAACAAUCGUGGUAUCAUAGGCAAAUUUUAAGAUUGGAACUAGUAGUGUUACUUUUUUUUUUUUAAAUGCUCUACAUUUUCACUGCUAAUUCGUUACGGUAAUGAAAGUACUGAGUGCAUAAUGCAGACUGUCUUUGAGAUACAUUAGUGUCCUCGAAAAAUGAAUUCGUGACAGAUUUCUUAUAACUUCAUUUUUGAAAUUGUUUAAAGAAAAAAUGGAUUGUUUAAUUGGUCUCAAGUAAUUUUAUAACUAAAUUUUUCCCAUAGGGAUAAUUUUAUUAGGUCUCAUGAAAACAAAAUUACAUCUUUUUAGAUAGAAGGAGAAAAAAACAUAAAUGGCAUUCAAUGAUAUUUUUAAUAGUGAGAAAUAAAGGAAAUGUAAG